CUCUCAGAGCCAGCAGCAGCUGAGCAAAGGAGACAGAGAAGAGAGGGGAGCGGGAGUGGGCACAGGCAGUGAUGGACGAGCCAAAGGGUACCAAGCUAUGGAAGCGUUUCUCCUGGAAAUAUGCAUUAAUGGGAUUUCUCUUAGUAGUGGCUGUAAUAGCUUUAAUUGCUGUGGCUGUCACACAGAACCGUCCUCUCACAACGAACAAAAAAUAUGGGAUUGUGCUGGAUGCUGGUUCUUCUCACACUAACUUGUACAUAUACGAAUGGCCAGCAGAGAAGGAGAAUGACACAGGAGUGGUGCAGCAGGUGCAUGUCUGUGAAGUGGAAGGUCCAGGAAUCUCUGCAUAUGCUGACACUGUGGAAAAAGUUGGUGUCCCCCUGAGGCACUGCAUGGAUAAGGCAAAGGAGAUAGUGCCACAAGGAAAACAUCAAGAGACACCGGUUUACCUGGGGGCAACAGCUGGCAUGAGGCUGCUGAGACUGGAGAAUGGGGAUACUGCUAAAAAGGUCCUCUCUGCAGUAGAGGUGGCUCUGCGCUCAUACCCCUUCCGCUUCCAGGGUGCCAGGAUCCUCAGUGGUGAGGAAGAAGGUGCCUAUGGCUGGAUCACCCUUAAUUACCUGCUGGGCAACUUCAAAGAGUCUAUCUGGCCAGAAUUCCUGCCCAGAAUCUUCUUCAGUGCUGGGACAAUAGGGGCACUGGACCUUGGUGGAGCUUCCACACAGAUCACCUUUGUACCUGACCAGGAGAACAUUGAGUCACUGGAAGAUACAGCAAACUUCCAUCUUUAUGGCAAGAAAUACACUGUGUAUACACAUAGCUUCCUGUGUUAUGGGAAGGAUCAAGCACUCCGCCUUAAGCUGCUCCAGGAUGUCCUGGGCUCAUCGACUGGCAGACUCGAGGACCCAUGUUUCCACCAAGGAUAUGAGAGGACUUUUGAUAUUUUAUACCUGCGCAAAACCCCUUGCACACCUCUAAAUGUCACCCUUCCAUCCUACUCACAGCUCCAAAUUGUGGGCACUGGAGAUCAUGAAACGUGCCUGAUAAGCAUCGAGAAAAUCUUUAAUAUUGUCGACUGUCCUUACUCCAGCUGCUCAUUUAAUGGCAUUUUCUUGCCUCCUGUAUCCGGAGAUUUUGGGGCAUUUUCGGCUUUCUACUACGUUAUGGACUUUCUAAAUGUGACGAAAAAGCCAAUGGACAAAGUGACAGAGACAAUGAAGACCUUCUGCUCCAAAUCCUGGGAUGAGGUGAAGGCUGAAUUUCCUGCAAUAAAGGAGAAGUACCUGAGUGAGUACUGCUUCUCAGGAACUUACAUUCUGUCGCUGCUUGGCCAGAGAUACAACUUCACCAAGGAGAAAUGGCGGAACAUCCACUUCCUGGGGAAGAUUCGUAACAGUGAUGCUGGAUGGACUCUGGGUUACAUGCUGAACCUCACCAACAUGAUCCCUGCAGAGCAGCCCUAUACACGCCCACUAUCUCACGCUAGCUAUAUUAGCCUCAUGGCUGUCUGCUCCAUUCUGGUGGUGUCUGUGCUCUUCAUAGGCUGUGUGACUUAUCGCAAACCAAAGUGCCUGAAAAAGGAAAUAAUUUAGAAGCGGGGUUAACCUAUCCCACAGCAAAAUUGCAGUGAAGACCACUAGAGUCCAGUGCUCAUCCUUUGUGUUCUGCUGAAAUAACUGACUCUGUAUGAGAGCCUUCUGCGCCACUUGCUCUGGUCAUUGACAGAUGCCAAAAUAGCAGCAUGCUGCCUUUCUGUCAUCUCCCCCAUUCUGGAGACUCAUGUCCCAUCCUCAUGCAGGGGCUGGGGCUGAUUAUGGGGGCCUUACAUGUUGUAUUAAACACAUAUUUCUCUCAGGUCUGCCCCUCUGUGUAUUGCCUUGGCCCCAGAAAUGAAACACAUGGGGCACCUAAUCAAAAAUGACCAGCUGGACAAUGCAGGGACAGAUUCCAGCCUAAAAGGAGAAGUUGCUCUCAGGGUUGCACAUUUUUUUCAGCUCCAUUUGAGACGUAAACAGUCAUUCAGAAAUGCCACUCAGCUGAGUCUGCCCCAUUCAUGGUGACUGAACUAGUACUAGCAACGUCAUUUUGUGGGGAACAUCCUCUGUGCAAGACUGAAGACUUUUGACAAAUGGGCAGUUCACAUGGCUAAUCAUCAGCCAGGGAAAGGGAGAGGCAGCUGAAUGCACCCUAUCCAGAGAAGGUCUCAGAGCAAAAUUAAUCUUUUACAAAAAGUAAGGCUGGGAAAGGAACUCUCCUAAAGUGCCAUGGCUGCUACCUGGGCAAUGGGCCUUGUGCCAAUGGACUUGCCAGUUAAUUGUUUGGACUAGUGAAGGUGAUCUGCAGGCAGCUGCUUCCUAUGGGCUGCAUAGAUCCUGGACACCAAGACCUGAUGUUGCACCUUCCUAAAGCACCCUCCUAUGUCAACAAUAUAGAUGUGGAUAACUGGCCUUUUAAACAAGGGGAGUGGCUAUUGGUUCUUUUCCCCAGAAUUCUUGGCGUGCAACCUGAUACCUCUAGCACCUAGCAGAGACUUAUUCAGUCUGCAGUCUCCAUCUUGGAACUGAAUCUAAAUGGACUUUAUGGCUACAACAUGCAGCCUAAUUUUGUACUUUUUUGCUUCAUAUUUUUCCUCAUCUCCCCACUUACUGCUUUG